AGUUAGUCGCUGCUGUCGCUGCUGUCGUGUUUGAUGAGGCGCGGACACAAGAGAAGAUGUGGUCCUUUUUCGCCAGGGAUCCUGUCAAAGACUUUGCGUAUGAAAUUCUUCCUGACACCCAAGAGAAGUCUGGAAUAUGGUCGCUACAUCGUGGGAAGAAGAAGGCGAAUGGUGAGCCCGUCUCUGUGUUUGUGUACGAGGUCGCUCAAGGAACAGAGCAGCAGACCCAGCUAGCAAAAGCUGCCUUCAAGCGUAUGAAGACUCUCCGGCAUCCAAACAUUCUCGCAUACGUCGAUGGGUUGGAGACGGACAAAAGCCUUUACCUGGUGACGGAGCAGGUGACACCCCUGGCGAUUCAUCUUCAAACUCCAGCUGAGAAGGGCGGUGCUGGGGAGCUGGAGGUCUCCUGGGGACUGCAUCAGAUUGUGAAAGCUCUGAGCUUCCUGGUCAAUGACUGCCACCUUCUCCAUAACAACUUGGGCGUCUGCGCUGUUUUUGUUGAUCGUGCUGGAGAGUGGAAACUCGGGGCUCUUGACCAUGUUUGUCCUCAGCAAGCAGACCCUAGUGGGCUCCUGCUUCCUGCCCCCAAGGCUGUUUACCCAGACAUGGAAAAAUAUGACCCACCAGAGGCAGCCAACGGUGGAGGGGAGAAAUGGGCCGGAGAGGUUUGGCGUCUUGGCUGUCUGAUCUGGGAGGUUUUUAAUGGGCCACUACCUCGCACCUCUUCCUUGCGUUCGCUGGGAAAGAUUCCGAAGAGCCUGGUCCCCCAUUACUGUGAGCUUGUAGGUGCAAACCCUCGCGCUCGCCCAAACCCAGCUCGCUUUCUCCAAAACUGCAGAGCUCCUGGAGGUUUUCUGAGCAACAGCUUUGUGGAGAGCAACCUUUUCUUGGAGCAGAUCCAGAUCAAGGAACAGGCUGAGAAGCAGCAGUUCUUCCAGGAUCUGAGCGACAACCUGGACUCUUUCCCUGAAGACUUCUGCAAACACAAGGUCCUGCCUCAGCUGCUCACUGCGUUUGAGUUUGGCAACGCUGGCGCUGUGGUUCUGACACCACUCUUCAAGGUUGGGAAGUUCCUGUCAGCGGAAGAGUACCAGCAGAAGAUCAUCCCAGUCAUCGUGAAGAUGUUUUCCUCCACGGAUCGUGCCAUGAGGAUACGAUUGUUACAGCAGAUGGAGCAGUUCAUACAGUACCUCAAUGAGGCGGCAGUGAAUUCCCAGAUCUUUCCUCAUGUUGUUCACGGCUUCACUGACACCAACCCCGCCAUUAGAGAACAAACUGUCAAGUCCAUGCUGCUGUUGGCUCCCAAGUUGAGUGAGAGCAACCUGAACCAGGAGCUGAUGCGACACUUUGCCCGGCUGCAGGCCAGAGACGAGCAAGGUCCGAUCCGCUGCAACACCACUGUGUGUCUGGGAAAGAUCGCUUCCUACCUCAACGCCGGGACGCGUCAGCGGGUCCUGAUUUCUGCAUUCUCCCGGGCAACGAAGGAUCCUUUCCCAGCAUCCCGCUCUGCUGGCGUGCUGGGCUUCGCAGCCACACACAACUACUACAGCCUGACGGAGAUCGCUGCGCGGAUCUUACCCACGCUGUGCUCCAUCACUGUGGACCCUGAUAAGGCUGUCAGAGAUCAGGCGUUUAAAGCGAUCCGUAGUUUUCUCUCCAAGCUGGAGGCAGUGUCGGAAGAUCCCAGUCAGCAAGCUGAAAUCGAAAAAGAUGUGGGCUCGUGUGCUCAGCCUGCAGGUGCCACGUCCGGCUGGACCGGCUGGGCUGUGACCGGCAUGUCGUCCUUGACUUCCAAGUUGAUCCGAAACACGCCAGGCACGGAGGGAGCAGCAGUGGGCGCAGAGAACAAAGAGGCCAGCAGCUCCACCAGUCCCAGCGCGGACACGGCUCCGAUCCCAGAGGCUGACGCUAAAACACCACAGGCAUCUCCCCAAGCCUCCAGCUGUUCCUCCCACUUCAAGACUGACAUUGAUGAUGAGCAGGUCGGGGAGCGCUGGGAGGACGACGAGGACUGGGGUCGGUUAGAGGAUCCGGACAACGCUCAGGAAACGGAUGACUGGAACACUGACUGGUCAGGAAUGUCCUUAUCCAAGAAGAAGUCAGGCGAGAAAGCCGGCCGCACGGCCACAGCCGUGGCGGGGAAAAAGCCGAAUUCAGACUGGAGCAGCUCCGGCUGGGACGCCGACGACAGCUGGUCUAAUGAGAAAGAGGGUCUGGGGCAGAGUUCUGCAGGCGAGGAAGGAUGGGGCAACGACUGGGCGGAGGAGGAUGCCGACAUCCAGCCUUCUGCCCAGACUCUGCCAGAGGGAGUGCGACUAGCCAGCGAGUACAACUGGGAUGCCACCAAAGGAGCCGCCCAGAACGACCUGUUUGCCGGCGUGUCCCAAAGAAGCCCAGCUGGCUCGGGCUCCACGGCUGAAGAUGGCUGGGGCGCAGAGGAGACCUGGGAGUCGGUGGAUGGAAGUCAGGGUUUGAGCAAAGCAGAGCUGUCCAAGAAAAAGCGAGAAGAGAGAAGGAAAGAGCUGGAAGCCAAACGGGCUGAGCGCAAAGCCACCAAAGGUCCUCUCAAACUCGGAGCCCGCAAGCUGGACUGAUCACGCGAAUACUCCACCAGAACUGCAUCAUUCCGAGGAAAGUCCGGCACCAGAGUGGGUCCACUUGGCCUGUUCCUGAUGGAGAAAAGGCGACUGCUGGAAUCGCAGACAAAAAGUACUGAUGAUGGUGUGAUUGCAAGCAGCUGGAAGACUGGAAACAGUUCCCCUUCUGGUGUUUUCUUUUAUAUAUUGUAAAGUAAAUGUACAUAGCUGGUGUAUCAGGUCACGGAGCCGUUUCUUGUGAAGAUAUAAUCCUGAAUGUUUCUCGCGCACACGCUGUGAAGAUGAGUCCAUCACAGCAUGCGCUGUCAUCACCAGAUUGUGUGUGAUGACAGGAGGGAACAGGAGUGCUGGCGUCGGUCGCGUCGUGCUCAGUGGCCGUGGGUUCUUCAGAGCAGCCAAAAACAUUUGUUUUUGUUUUUAAAUUGUGCCUUUAUUUUCCAGAUUUGAAACACAUCAGCAGCAGUUCACUUUUAUGCUAUUGUGGCCCUGGUGUGGUCUCCACCACUGAGUCAGCAGAAACUCCAUAUCCUGUAGCAUGGCGGCAUUUCGGAAAUAAAAUAAUGGUGGCAAUCUUUGCGUGUUCUGAAUCU